CUUUUUCGUCUACAAGCUUUAUUUUUAUUCGCGGUCUAAAUAAUUUAGGAAGGUCUAUACACAUAAAUAUAAUCGUCUCCCUUUUUCUCCGUUGGAUUCUUGAGUCUCUUUUUCGCUUUAGUAGAGGAUUCAUGAGGUGAAUUCCGGUGUGGUGGUGGCGAUGGACAGAAUGUAUGCCGGUGGCGGCGGAGUUGGUGGCAGCGGCGGCGUGGUUCUGACAAGAGACCCCAAGCCGAGGCUGAGGUGGACUGCUGAUUUGCACGACCGUUUUGUUGAUGCUGUCACAAAGCUUGGUGGCCCUGACAAGGCUACUCCAAAAUCAGUGCUGAGAGUGAUGGGGCUAAAGGGGCUCACAUUGUAUCACUUAAAGAGCCAUUUACAGAAGUAUAGGCUUGGACAGCAGCAAGCCAAACAGCAGAAUUAUGCUCUUGAACAUAACAUAGACAGCUUUGAGAAUCCGUAUAUGCACAUUGCAAGUACAAGCGUUAAUUCAUCGAGCAUGAAUAGCGAACAAGGAGACGUUCCCCUCGCUGAAGCAGUAACGUGCCAGAUCGAGGUGCAGAAAACGCUACAAGAACAGCUCGAGGUGCAGAAGAGAUUGCAAAUGAGAAUAGAAGCACAAGGGAAGUACUUGCAAGCCAUACUAGAAAGAGCGCAACUGAGCCUUUCUGCUAACUCGGAUCACUCGAUUAAAGCUCAGCUAACAGACUUCAACUUGGCGCUAUCGAGCUUCAUUCACACCGUCAAUGGAGACAACAGGAAUGGAGAGGAAGCACGUGACACAAAAGACAUCAAGCUCGAAGGGCCUUCCAUCGAGUUUGAUCUCAACUCCAGAAGUAGCUACGACUUCAUAGGCGUUUCCGGAUCAGGUUUCAAACACAAACCACUUCAAAAUCGAUGAGGAUGUAUCUAACUGAAUUUGCUAAUAUACUGUAUUAUACAGAUGGAACA